CAAACAGAAUUCUGAAGGCUCAGUUCACCUGACACCUUGGUCUGGUGACAGUUGGCCUUCAGAGACAGUUGGCUCAAGAGAGUGAACAGGGAGCAUGUUAUGCUGCUUUCCCAGGACUCGAGGCCCCAGCCGCAGGACCCCGCAUAGGGGGACCACGUGGGAUCGACUGAAAAAAUGGUUUACUCGUCCCAGAAGCUUCAGGAUGAUUGCCGGCACACAUCCAACCAACAAGCGCAGCAAAGGACAGGGCUCACUGUCCCCAGCCCUCAGGUGCCCAGAGGCAAGAAGGAGCCCAGGACAGGUAUCACUAAGCUCAGCCACCAGCGACUCAACCACACGGAGACCAGGACAGAUUGGAAGUCAGCCAGCAGAGAGCCUGGCAGAUGGCUGUACAGCAAGCAGGGUACAGGCAGAUGGGCCUCACAGCCUGAAAGAGCCUCUGGAGCCCGCUGUCCUGGACAGCUGUCCCAGGCCCAGCACAUCCUCUCUGAACUCCUCCAAGGGCAACAUCUCCACCCCACAGGCCCCGAUGUUGGAAAGGUCCACCUCUUCUGUGCUUGACUCUGCAUUGGAAGUCUGCUCACAUGUGGAUCCCCAGGAUGAGCUUCUCCUGCACCAGCGGGAGUCUCCUGAGGCCAACGAUCAUGAGUCCAAUGACUCACUGGACACCUGCACCCAGGCACCAGGUGCUGUGACUCUGGUGCCAGCUGACAAGGAAGGUGAGAACACAGCAGCAGCCUGGCAACUAGCCGGCCAAGAAGACAGCAUAGAUGACAGUGGCCAUGAUCACCUCACCUGA